AUGGAAAUGUCUAUGGCAACGACCACAUCCGCAAGCAUGGACAUGUCCAGCACAGCCACAUCUUCAGCCGCAACUUCAUCCUCCUCCACAUCGAGCAUGGAUAUGGGUGGAAGUUCUUGUAAAAUCUCGAUGUUAUGGAAUUGGAACACGGUGGACUCUUGCUUUAUCGCGGAGUCGUGGCACAUUACUUCCAAAGGCAUGUUUGCUGGCUCUUGCAUUGGAGUCAUCUGUCUCGUGAUCUGUCUGGAAUUCCUCCGUCGCCUUGGCAAGGAAUACGAUCGCUUUCUCUUGAGACAACAUGAGCUACGCGCUGCAAUGGUAGGGUCCGAAACUUCUGUUGAGGCUUCUUGCCUACGGAGUAAACCCCUUGCUUUCACACCAUCGGUUCUUCAACAGUCUCUUCGUGCUCUAUUGCACGUGGCUCAAUUUGCUGUAGCAUACUUUGUCAUGUUGUGA